GUGACAACACAUACAUAACCUCUAAAACCCCUAUCAAAAUGAAAACACAACAAAGUCCCUUUCCACUCUCUAAAUCGAAGUGAUGUGAAAUUAAAACUACAAAACACUUCAUCAGUAUUAUUUCACUCAGGUACAUUAAAAUAAAAUCGACGAAAAUGUGGAUUCUCAAAGACGAAUCAGACAAGCUCUACUACCUAACCCCAUCUCAGCCGUUUAUAAUCGGCAGGAACCAAGGGGAUUUGAUCGUAAAAUCCGACACAUCCCUCAGUCGUGCUCAUGCAAAAAUCGACUUGCUCCCUCCCUUCGAAAAAUGCCAAGUAACCGACACAAAAUCAAAAUAUGGAACGUUCCUCCUGGACGAUGAUUCGGAAGUUAUUAAGCAGAUCGACGACGUUUACACCGUUCGAUCCAACGACAGAAUUCGUUUUGGCCUCCAAAAUUGCAUUUUAACAUUCACCCAACAAAAGUUCAUCGUCUCAACGACCUCUCUGUCCCCAGAACACAGAGAAGAGCUGGUCAGUAUCAUGAAGGAGAUAGGGGGAACGACGCUGAAGGAGUGGGACAGCAGCUGCACUCAUUUGACAGUCACCACCACAAAAUUAACAGCGAAACUGGCCUGUUCCCUGGCAGCUGGGAUUUCCAUAGUCACCAUCGACUACUGGAGAUCAGUGAGAACUGCCAAAGCAAAGGGAGAGCCCCUCCCAGACCCCAAGGACUUCUGUCCAGGUCUCGAGGACUCGAUGCUAGUGAAAAAAAAUAAAAGCUCUCUCCUUCCAAGAGCCUCUCGCAGAUCUCUCUUCAAGGAUUUUUUGUUCAUCCACUUCAGGGUGAAUCAGCUGGAGACGUACAGGAAGAUGAUAGAAUUGGCUGGAGGAUCCUCAGUCUUCUAUGGAGACAAAUGUUUCGAUAAGGAACUGCUGUCUCACCCCAACUCGAGGGUUAUUCUUUACAACGAAGAUGACAGUCAGGACGAGCCUUAUAAAAUACCUGCUGUGGACGCUGUCCGGAAUUUUCUGAGGAAGAAAAAACGUCGAAUGAUCCCAGAGACUGAAAUCCCUCUUGCUAUUCUUUAUUCGUCGGUCAAGAGCUACUGCAAUCCAGAUUUUUCGUAUGAGAUGUUAUUCAAGAGUGGGAGGGAGAAGAGGGUGGUGGAGGGUGAUAUCUUGGUUGCUGAGACUCAGGAGGGUGAGGAGCAGAAGAGGUUUGGGGGGAGGAAGGGGUUUGUACCUGAGUCGUUGGUGAUACCUGAGACUGAAUCCUUUGGAGAUGGUGAGAGUCAGAGAGAUAGGAGGGGAAGGAAGAGAUCGUCGGCUGGGUCGAUUGUCAGGGAUGAAGUUGUUGAUGAUUGCGGGGGCAGAGGUGAGAGGAAACGAUCUAGGGAGAUGGAGGAUGGAGACACUGGGGAGAAGGAGAAGAGGGCUAGGAUCGCACAUUUACCCUUGGAAAGUGAUAAAUUGGCAGAGAGGACUUGCUCGACUCUCAAGUCAGACGAGAUACCUGCAAAAGGGAUCUUUGAUGAUUCUGGUGAUGAUUUUGAAGAUCCUCCAGCUAAAAAAUCGAAGAAUGAUGGAAAAAUAGCGGGGAAAAGUCGUCUUGAUAUUGAGGAUUUUGAAGAUCUGCCAGUUAAAAAAACGAAGAAUAAUGGAAAAAUAUUGGGGAAAAAUGGCUCUGACAGUGAGGAUUGUGAAGAUGUUCCAGUUAAAAAAACGAAGAAUGAUGGCAAAAGAUUGGGGAAAAGUCGCCCUGACAUUGAGGAUUCGGAAGAUGUUCCAGUUAAAAAAACGAAAAAUGAUGGCAAAAGAUUGGGGAAAAAUCGCCCUAACAUUGAGGAUUCUGAAGAUCUUCCAGUGAAAAAAACGAAGCAUGAUGGAAAGAUAUUGGGGAAAAGUCGCCCUGACAUUGAGGAUUUUGAAGAUCUUGCAGUUAAAAAAACGAAGAAUGACGGCAAAAUAUUGGGGAAAAGUCGCCCUGACAUUCCUAAGGAGAAAGUGAUUGAUAAUGACAAGACAAUUGGAAGAAAAAAUGAGAGCAGAAAUGAUAAUGAUUUUGAGACGAUAAAAACUCCUGCGAAGAAUGCAGCUGCUCAUAAAAGUGGCCAAGGUGGUCAGAGAAAUGCUUCGCCCGAAGAAAAUAAAAAACCCUCGAGGUUCUUGGAGGUAUCUGAUGGCGAGAUGGAGAUCGUCAAAGAGCCCAUUGACGAGGAGAUCGACGGAGAUGAGGAUGAAGAGUGGAAGAGUCAUCAGAAUAAAAUUUCGAAGGAACGACUCAGAAGUUUCCUGGGAGAUGAGAAAUCAAUGCAGAAUUCGUUCUUGAGGCCUGAAGUCUUCUCUGGGAAAUUUAUUGGGAAGAAGUUCAAGAAGUUCCACUCAAAGAUACCACAGAGGCCUGUCAUCGAGUGGAAACGUGGUCUGUAGGGUUGACAUUCUUUUUUUUUAUCAGUUCUGAAAAUUUUCGUCUAUUAUUUUAUUAUUCCGAACCAUUACACAAAUUCAUGUGUUACUUUUUUCGCGUUCAUAAUUUUGUUUCAUGAGGAUUAUAGAGUUUUCCCAGUUAACAUUGUAGUGAACACUGCUCGAUUGAUUUAUUUCCCUAGAGUGGAAACGAGGACUAAAGUGAUAAUAUUCUCGUUUUCGAUGAUGGUUCAGAAAAUUGUCUUGCAUUGUUUUAUUAUUCGGAUGAAUACAUAAGUUGAUAAUACCAGAGUCUUGGGUUUUCCUAAUUUCUAUUUUUGUGAAGAAUGAUGGCGUUUUUCCAUUUCUAUUGUAACCGAAAUUUUGCUUGAUUUCUUUUACACGCUAUGAAUAUUGAAAAACAAAACAAAUUGUUUUUUUGAGAAUGCUAAAAUUGAUGACAGAAAUGUCCGCAUUUGUGGUGUGAAUUUUUGUUGAAGAUAAUUAAAUGUUGGUAUGUGAAA